GGAUUCCCCGAGCGUCGACUUGCCUGUGGCUGGAUGCCCCUUCAUCGCUACCAGGACGGGCUUCAUCGCCGCGCUACCGCAAGAGGCCGCCAUGGAUCAAUUGGAUAGGAAACUCGUGAAUUUUUCCAGCGAGAAACCACAACUAUGCUUUCUCGACAAGAGAUUUUUACCACGGAGUCAUGAUCUUGUUAGCAAGCAUCAUGAGGAGAGCUGAAACAGAAGAACGGACUUUUUGCAUCUGCCAACGUGAUGUUGAAACUUAGCGCAAACUUGCAUCGUCAAGAGCCAUUCAGAGCUUCUGGCCAUGGGAAAGGCGAGCAGCCGCAGCAGCAGGAGCAGAAGAAGCAGAGGAUUCGUUGCUUGCUUGCGGCUAUCAAGGAAAGUGGUCGCUCAAGAAAUCUGGAAAGUGGAAGGAGGUGUCAUUCGGCAGCUCUCGAGCAUGGAGACGACUCCAACGUUUACGUCGCAAGUAGCCUGGUGGACAUGUAUGGGAAGUGUGGCAGCAUGACUGAUGCGCGCAAGAUCUUCGACAAGAUGCAGCGUCCAGAUGUGGUUUCGUUGACGUCACUCGUUCUGGGAUACGCAGAGAAUGGGGAGGCCCAAGAAGCUCUCAGAUUGUUCCAGCUGAUGAAAGGUGGCUGUGAGCCGAAUGCCAGAACUUUUGUGGCGGGUCUCAAGGCUUGCUCAAGCCUGGCAGCAAGAGAAGAAGCGAAGGUGAGGGGCAGUGAGAUUGUAAAGGUGGUGUCGCUGGAGAGAGGCCGGGAAAUACACUCACAAGCGUCAAAGUUUGGAUUCGACACGGAUAUCUUCGUCUGCAACACUCUCAUUGAUAUGUACUCUAAGUGUGGAAGCAUGGUAGAUGCGAGAAACGUCUUCGACACGAUGCAGCGUGAUACAAUCUCCUGGAACGUUUUGAUGCUUGGCUACGUGGGAAACAAGGAUGGGGAGGCCGCUCUACGGCUCUUAUCGGCUAUGAAAGCCGAGAACAAGAACUUUCCGGACAACAGAACUUUUGUCGCUGCCGCCAAAGCCUGCACAGCUCUCGCUAUCAAGGAAGAUGGCAGGGAAGUGAAUGGGAGGAUUGUCAAAGUGAGAAGUUUGGAAAGCGCCAAGGCUGUUCACAGUCAAGCAAAAUCAGCUGGUUACGAGAGCAACAUCUUUGUCGCCAACACUUUCGUGGAUACUUACGCAAAGUGUGGGAGCAUGGUUGACGCUCGUCGAGUUUUUGAGGCGAUAGCUCAGCAGCGUGAUGUUAUAUCAUGGACGGCUCUCAUCCUGGGUUAUGCUGAGAAUGGACGAGGCUCAGUAGCUCUAGAUCUGUUCGAAGCUAUGCAAGCAGAUGGUUGUACUCCAAACGCUCUCACUUACGUCGCUGCACUCAAGGCUUGCUCGAGCUUGGCUUCCAGAGAAACUGAGCCUCGGGCAAAGAUGAUGCUACUGGAGAAAACUAUGGCAAUCCAUUCCCGGGCUGCAAGAGCUAAGCACGACUCCGACAACUUCAUUGCCAACACGCUCGUGGACGCGUACGCAAAGUGUGGGAGCCUUCACGAUUCUCAACGGGUUUUCGACCGGAUAAGCCGUCGGGACGUCGUCUCCUGGACUGCUCUGAUCCUAGGACAUGCCGAGAGUGAUCAGCCUCAGGUAGCGCUGGAGCUUUUUUCUGGCCUUGAAGACUGCUAUGUUAAUUCGCUCACUUUCGUGGCUGCUCUCAAAGCUUGCACGAAUCAGGCAGCGAGAGAAGAAGGCAGGGGAAUCGGUGGGAAGCUGGUGAAGAUGAGGUCACUAGAGACAGCAUUUUGGAUCCAUCAGCAAGCCGCGAACAAGAGUUGCGACUUGGACGUGGUGCUCGGGAACACACUGCUCGACUUGUAUGCGAACUGUGGAAGUUUGCCAGAUGCUCGGAGGCUGUUCGAUAGGCUACCCGCUCGUAGCAUCGUCUCUUGGAACGCGAUGAUGCUCGGGUACGCCGAAAACAAGGAGGCAGAGUCAGCUUUGGAGCUCUUCUCUCUCAUGGAAAAGCGCUGCCAGCCAACUUCUCGGACCUUCGUGGCUGCUCUCAAGGCGUGUGCGGUUCUAGCGGAAGCUGAAGAAGGCAGGGAACUCGAAGGAAAAGUUGCGAAGAUGUGUGCUCUGGAGAAAGGAAUUACUGUCCACUUGCGAGCUUCGAGCUAUGGCUUCCAGUGGGACUUGUUCGUUGCCAACUCUCUAGUCGACAUGUACGCGAAGUGUGGAAGCAUGGUGGAUUCUCGGCGAGUCUUCGAUGGGAUGCGACGCCACGAUGUGGUAUCGUGGAACUCGCUGAUAUCAGGCUACGCGGACAACGACCAAGGCGAGGCAGCUCUCGAGCUCUUUGUUCCCAUGGAGCUGGAAGGCUGUGCUCACGACUCCCGGACGUUCCUGGCGUCACUCAAAGCUUGCGGCUGCGUUGGAGCUCUAGACAUCGGAAGAACACUUCAUGGGAAAAUCCGAGACCUGGGACUCGACGGUGAUGUGGUCAUCGCUACCUCGCUGGUGGAUUUCUACGGCAAGUGUGGGAGCAUGGUGGAUGCCGAGCAAGUUUUCUCGUCGAUCGUCACGAAAGAUAUCGUGGCCUGGAAUGCGCUUCUAACAGGAUACAGCCGCCAGGGAGAUACAGAGGCACUGUUCCAAGCUUUUGACAGGAUGAUGACUUCACGUCCUCGAGUUCGUCCGGAUGGAGUUACGUUCCUGUGCCUUCUCACAGCGUGCAGCCACUCCGGCCUAGUCGAUCAAGGCAAGCGCUACUUCGAGGCUAUGAAAUCUAUCCAUGGACUCGAUCCCGGCAUGGAACACUACCACUGCUUGGUCGACAUCCUGGGCAGAUCGAACAGGCUCGAAGAAGCAGUGGCGAUGGUGAAAGAGAUGCCAGUGGUCGCAAACACCGUCUCGUGGACGACCGUGCUCAGUGCUUGCCAGAAGUGGAAGAACGUAGAAGUGGCGAAGGUUGCCUUCGAUGCGUUGCUAGAGCUGGACGAAGAACAGCCCGCUGCUCGAGUGCUCAUGGCUAACAUCUAUGGCAGCGUUGGGAUGUGGGACGCUAAGGCCAGAGUUCUCCAGGAAGCUUGAAUGCCGGGAUGAUCGGACGGAGCAGAUGGACAGGGCGGGGAUCAAGGAUGCCGUAGAGAGGUUGGAGCUUGGUGGUCGGCCGGUGGACACUACAAC